AUGUACACACGACCACGGACAGUCACCGACGCGUCCGAGUCCGAACAACAGCUCUUCUAUUUCCCUCGAACAGAUCCUCAGUACCAUCAGUACCCUAGUGCAGGUCUCAGCGCGUCCUCGCAAAAUCUUAGGCACCGCAAUCGCAACCUAUCCUCGUUCUCUCUUUCCUCACACAUAUCCGUGCCAAACCGCGUUUCGACGCUCGAAGCAUAUGAGCUCAUCUACGGCGAGGGGCCUGCACCAGGUGUUACAGCUGCCGAGACUGUCGAAAGGUUGUACGAAGUUCAUGCUGGAUCUGUUCUGUUGUUUGGGGACGACAGCUACGAGAAUCCGCUGAUCACAGCCUCCUCUCGUCAGAUCAUAGGAGACAUCAACGUGUUGUCCCGCCAACUGCGCGACUUGGACGUGCCGCGUCCGUUAGCGAUGUUCAAGACGCUGUUCCAGCCAUCGCCUUCGCAAGGGGAACCGAACGAGUCAUGGUUCCGAGCACUCCACGUGUGGAGUGAGAUUGACGAAAUCUAUGACAGCGAAACUUUUGAUGGACACCGACUAAGUAUCAUCGAACAUACUAUGAAUGUCGUAAUUCUGCCGGGUCUGCAUGUUGGUGCACGAAUGGGUGAUGCAGAGCAAACUAUUCCGGACGUCGACUCUUCUGUUGUGUCGGUAUUUGCCAAUAAUAUCGGGCCAUCCGCUCCCAAGCCUGCCCUGGCUAUUCCGGGACUACGCCGCUUCUCUAGCCCUCUGCACCUAAAACUGCACGUCAUUUCAAGGCUCUCGUUUAACGAGCAAGGUCGAAUUGUGCAACAUCGCGACUUUUAUGAUGUCCGCGACCUGUUUGCGUUAGUGCCUGGGAUGCGCGUCGCACAGUGGAUCGGCACACGCGCAGCUGCGCAGGGGCUCGCGUGGGUUAGUCGUUUAGCCGGGUGGGCGUUUGGAACCAAGUACGAUAGCAGAACCAAUGAAGACGACAUAGAUGACGGGCCGACGCCGUCUGCUUCGCCAGUAUCGGCCCAUUCGCUGAGAGUAGAUGUGCAUGGUAUGAACGCACUUGGUCUUCAAUUUAACGAGAAUGGCUCAGGCAACAGCGCAGCAAAGAACACAUUGAGUGUCGCGCCCUGGAGGAGAAGCGGGACAGCACCGGGACCCGCUAGUCGAACUUGCCAGGCUCCCGAUGUGGAUCGCGACGCGGAAUGAACUCGCGGUCCGCGAUCUGCAAGGCCUGGUGUUGCCGGCUCGUCAGUGGCCUUCUCGUCAUGGUUUGUCGUUCGAUUACACAGGGUCGAUGAACGGCACAUUCGGCACGCUGCACACGAGGCGAGUGUAACUGCUGUAACUUUAUUCAAACAAGGCAUAAUGGGAUCUCGCGAAGACUUCAGAGAAGACAUGACGAGAAAAGAGGGGGAACUUUGUUUUCCGAGAAAGGCUGAGCUCCGAUAUCGCUCUGUCCACCCGCGUCCUUGGGUCCCCUCCAUUUUCUACUUUUCCUCUUUUCGUUCUUGCACCGAGGAACGUGGGCACCCGCUUUACGUCGUCGGUACCGCAGCUGUCAUAAAUGUUUUCGAGUUUCACUUGCAGGUCUUUUUCUUGGACAGGCGACAGAGCCGUUGUCUCACCUCAACUUCAAACGUCCCUGACUCUCAUACGUACGAAAGUCUUAUUUGGGACUUGACCUUUUCAAACUCAGCGUGCUUGCUGUGAUUGCAUUUGGUUCCGAAUCUUCCAACUGCAUGGUAUCGUUAACUAGUCCUCUCGAUUUGACCAAUCGCAUAGAGAUAAUCGACUACCCUAAAAUUUUCUCUGCACUUAAAUUUCGUAGCUUGUACCUCAAAGAAAUAGAAUGGUUCCU